AUGAGAAAUGAUGAAUGUGCCAUGACCGUGAACAUUGCAGCUCCUUAUCAGAAUGUUGCAAAAUGGCAGCGAAGGCAGAAGCAAGCCCCUGCCCCUCCCAAAGCCGAAGCCAAAGCAAAGGCUUUGAAGGCCAAGAAAGCAGUGCUGAAAGUCGUCCACAGUCAUAAAAAAAAGAUCCGCAGGUCACCUACAUUCCGAGGGCCCAAGACACUGUGUCUCAGAAGGCAGCCCAAAUAUCCUCUAAAGAGCGCCCCCAGGAGAAACAACCUUGACCACUAUGCCAUCAUCAAAUUCCCCCUGACUACCGAGUCAGCCAUGAAGAAAAUAGAAGACAACAACACUCUUGUGUUCAUUGUGGAUGUCAAGGCCAACAAGCACCAGAUCAAACAGGCUGUGAAGAAGCUCUAUGACACUGACGUGGCCAAGGUCUACACUCUGAUCAGGCCUGAUGGAGAAAAGAAAGCAUAUGUUCAAAUGGCUCCUGACUAUGAUGCUUUGGAUGUUGCCAACAAAAUUGGGAUCAUCUAAACUGAGUCCAGCUGGCUAAAUCUAAAUAUAAAUUUUUUCAACAUAAAAAAAAAAAAAAGAGUAGAGAGUUAAAAGGCCCAAGAAAACACUUCAGCAUUUAUGUCAUGUAGGAUAUAAAUGUAGGCGCAUGCCCAAAAGGCUCUGGCGUCCUUAGGUAAAUGGCUUGACAGUAUUCAUUUGUUCAGCAUUAUUAGGCUGUUAGUCCUGAAGAAAAAAUAAAAGAAACACAACCACCUUGAGAAAAGAAUUCAAAAAGAGAGGACUCCACGUGAUAAUAAUCUACUAUCAGCAAACUUCAGGGGUUAAAAAUCAACAUACUGAAUGUAAUGAAGUUCAUGUGUUAGAAUUUCAACACUGUCAUCAACAAUGACAAACAAAUGGCAAAUGUAUAAUCACUACAGAGAAGAAAACUUCUCACUGA